ACUUGACUUGCGUUGAGCUGAGUAAUCGGCGCGAAGCGAGCUUUGUCAGCACCAGGAUAUUUUUGUUUGAAGGCUUACUUUGACCCUGUCCUCUUCUGCAACAAUGGCCUCUCUGAGUGGAAUUCAGGUUAAGGAGUUGGAUAAGCGUGCCUCGGGGCAAGCGUUUGAGGUCCUCCUCGGCAGUCCUGCUUCAGAUGCUAAGAGCGAGUUCCCCCUCUCCCCUGCAAAGAAAAAGGACCUUUCCUUAGAGGAGAUCCAGAGGAAACUUGAAGCCGCAGAGGAGAGACGCAAGUCUCAUGAAGCAGAGGUUCUGAGGCACUUGGCUGAGAAGCGAGAGCAUGAAAAGGAGGUGCUUCAGAAAGCUCUAGAAGAAAGCAACAACUUCAGCAAGAUGGCAGAAGAGAAACUCAACCAGAAAAUGGAGGCCAACAAAGAGAACCGCUCUGCAAUAAUGGCAGCAAUGACCGAGAAAUUCAAAGAAAAGGACAAGAAAUUGGAAGAAGUUCGAAAGAACAAGGAAACCAAAGAGGUCCCCUGUGAUGCAGAAAACUGAAAUUUACAAUAACUGGGGAUUCUGAUGGGGAUUUUAUACAUGACCAAAGAUUUAUUUUUCUUUAUCUAUUGAUGGCCUGUUUGUUUUUCUUUUUGGGUGAAGAAAUGAUAAUAAUUAGAUUAAAGUGACGUUCCAUCAUGGGUCUAUAUUCAGAAAACAAAAAUGCAGCUCUUGGUUUGUAUAACGCAGCGAUCAUAGGGUGUUCUUCACCCUAUAGGGACAUAUGUGAGUGAUCUGCUCAAGUCUUCACAUGUCUGUAACCAUAUGCACUUAUUGAGCUUCUGUUCCUGCUUUUCAUGAGGUUGAAUGCGCUUGAUUCAGUUUUUCUGCUGUGAGCACAACAUUUCUCUGCCUAGGACUGAAAAUGUGUAGAGGUCUUUACACAUGAAAUGCAAAAAUUGCAAUACACUUUAGUGUCUUGAUGGUGAACUUGUCAACUUUAAAACUGUAUUAAAAAUGAGAAAUAAAAAGUAAUUAAGCUAG